CGUCGAACACCCAUUGAUCGCAUAAGGGGCUAGCUUUCUAUUAAGUUCAUAUUAACAGUUAAAAGAAUUCUAAUAUAAAAGAUAGAAAAAGAUGAUAUGUCUAAUUGUGAUAAUGUAAUAUUAUAUAAAAUAUAUGUACAUAUGAAAGGACAUUAUGAUGAUAAUGUAUAUAUAUAUAUAGAGUAGUGAUCUAGGGCAAGUGCUCAUUAAGUACAUAACCAGAGAACAAAUCUCAGCCACACAUUUUAAUACUCUAAAUUAAUCUUAUGGCUUAGCUAUUUAACAUGUUUUAAAUAAAAACUAAUUAACAAGGGUAUUUUUGGAAUCCAUAUUCAACUCCAACCAUCUCCUUCAAUUUUCCAACUCCAAUUCACACGCCUUUUCCUCUCCCCUCUCUUCCUCCUCUCCCCAGCCUCUCCCCUCUCUUCCUCCUCUCCCCAGCCUCCGCCGCCGAGCUCAACACCACCCGCCGCAAAAUAGAUGUGAUCAAUAUGAUUAAUAUCAUAUUCGUUCUGUCCAUAAAAAAAGUUAAACUAAACUAACUAAUCUUGAUUUGAUACUUAAUUUCGUUUCCAUGGAGUUCGCCGAUGAAUUUUCCGCAAUCGAAAGAAUCAGAAUGCAUCUCGUAGGAGAAUUUGAGAUUGAUCGCACACCGUCGGUUUCCGCCUCGGAGUCAUCGUGCGAUUCACAGCUGUCCUUUGAUUUUGUUUGGCCGUCGGUGAUCGACCUCUCGAUUCCGGCGAAGACGCUGGAGUGGAUCGUGUUCGGGGGUGGUGAUGAUGAUCAUCAUCAUGAGCGGGUGGUGGAGGAGCAGCUCUGUCACGCCCGCAUUCACUACAGGGGUGAGGCGGAGGUCGUGGGGAAGUAUGCGGCGGAGAUACGUGACCCGAAGCGGCGGGGGUCGAGGGUGUGGCUGGGGACGUUCGAGACGGCGGCGGCGGCUGGGGAACGAAAUUCUAAACUGAUUAAUAUCUUCUCACAUGCAUGCCAAAAUUGA